AUGACAACUGAUAAUGAAACUCAAACUCCUCCUUCUCCAAAUACUUCUUCACCCAAGAAGGAUUCCAACACAUCAAAGAAGGAUGUAGUUCUAUCACCAUCAUCUCCCUAUUAUGUACAUCCGGUUGACAACCCUACAACUGUUAUCUUCACACCACUCUUGACCAGUGACAACUACUGCAUCUGGGAAAGAGGAGUUAGAAAAUCCCUAAGUGCUAAGGCUAAGCUAGGAUACAUUGAUGGCUCAGUUACAAAACCCGAAGAUCCAAUUGAUCUUCUUCAUUGGACUCGUGCAGACGACCUGGAAAACAACAGUGUUGCUAUCUAUUUUACCCACUUGAAGACUCUAUGGGAUCAGCUAGAUUCAUUCAGACCUUUGGUGCCAUGCAUCUGCGGUGCUGGGAAGGACUUUGUAGAUCACCACAAUCAAGAUCGAUCCAUGGAAUUCCUUCAAGGGUUACAUGAUCGAUUCUCGACACUUCGCAGUCAAUGUUUUUUGACGGAACUGAUGCCAUCUGCUGCUAAGAUCUACAAUCUGGUACGCCAGGAGGAAGAACAACAAGGUAUAAAAUCCUCCUCCUCUAUUCCUCAGGUUGAUUCCGCUGCGUUGAAUGUUUAUCGCAGCGAUUCCAAUAGAUCUCAGCAGCAUUCUUUCCACAACCCUGGAAAUGGGAAUAACAAUAACAAAUGUCUUCGCCCAUUCUGUGAUUAUUGCACUAAGCAUGGCCACACUCGUCAAACCUGCUGGAAGUUGAAUGGAUAUCCGAGUAGUCCACCAAAGCCGAGAAACCAAUCGCAGCCCUCUUAUGCUGCUGCUGUUGCUCCUGCACAUCACGCUGUUGAACACAUGCCUGCAGCUCCAGCCAUCUCAGCUGCCCAGUAUGCUCGGCUUAUGACUUUGCUUGAUCCUGACAAUGCUGGAAACAACAUAGCCUCAUAUGCGAAUUGCGCAGGACCUUCACACGAGAAUGGAGAUUGGAUGGAGUAAGCGAAUUGCUGGCCUCUAUCAUUUCAUUUUUCAGCCAUCUGUUUCUUCUCUAGCUGCAAAUAAGCCAUUCGGCAAAUGGCACUGUCGUCUAGGCCAUCCACAUGUGGAUUGUUUUGAAUUUUUAGCUCGCAAAUUUGUUUACAUUAGUUCUUCGUAUAAACACUUGUGUGAUGUAU